AUGCAAAAGACACGUGCGGAAGCUAGUUAUCUGUUUAAAUACUUGAUACUGACACAGAUUAUUGUCUAUCUUGAAGCUGGUUCGAUUCCAUGUUUAUUGGAUCAAUUAAGUAUUUCACUUGAAUUGAAUGCAACACAACAAGGUGCAUUAGGUGGUGUGGUUUACUUAGCAUUAAGUGCUGCCUCACCAUUCUGUGCCUUGUUUCUCCAUCAUUUUAAUCCACGUCUUGUACUAGGAAUGAGUUUAUUGGGGAAUAAUAUGGCUGUAUUAAUGCUUGCAUUUACACCAACGGGUUAUACCUAUAGUGCUAAUAUGCUCAUUUUUGCUCGAGCAGCUGUUGGAUUUACACAAGCUUUUCCAUGUAUUUAUACACCACUAUGGGUCGAUGAAUAUGCACCACGUGAGAAAGUAGCAGGAUGGAUGAGUUAUCUUCAAGGAAGUGUUCCCAUGGGUGUCAUGCUUGGGUAUUUUGCUGGAACGGUGAGCAAUUGGAUUGUAUCGGAGAACGCUUCACUCAUUCAAACAUGGCGUUGGCCAUUUCUCUUGCAAUUUAUGGCUCUUGUGCCGAUUAAUAUUGCCAUCUUUUUCGUACCCAAGAGACACCUUGUUAUUCGUACUGAUAAUGAUCGAGAUGGCGUUGGAGAGAGUGGUGGGACACAGAGUGCAAGUAGCAGUUCGUCUGAUGAUUACACGGAUGACAUGCAAUUGAUUGAAGUGACGUCCAAGACAAGUUUACAAAAAGACGAAGGCACAGAUGGAGGAAAAAAGUGUCAGCAGGAAAACAACGAGACAAAACUUGGACAUGACAAUGCUGUGCAUCACAGUGAGAUGGACCCGCCCACUAGCGGACGAGGAGGCUUUUUGAGCGCACGUGGUAGAUCUGGCUUUGGUUUACACAGCUUUCUUGAUGAGGCUGUGGUUGGCACGCCCAUGAGUUCAAGAUCGACAACGUAUCAUGACGAAGAAGACGCGCUACUCGCGAGUGCAAGUAUGUACGGCUCAAGUAAUAAGCGCAGUUUCCAGCAGCUUCUCCAGAAUCAGCAGCACCAGUACCAAUUCGGCCAUUGUGAAGAGGACGUUGGUGGGGCGUCGAUGCGACGAAGUAUGGUCCGACCCCCCUGUCUUGACAGCACUCCAGCGGUGGUGCCAACGUCGUCAAUUCAUAGCAAGAAUGCGGGCUGCGAAGCUGCUGUAUCUGUAGUUUCACAUACAGUGCAGCAGCAGAAACUGCCGGCGUCUGAGACCGACGCUCCAAUGCCAUUAACAUACGGCGCCCUAGACGCAGCAGUUGCUUCGAGAAGGUCUCCGCGGAUGGGUAGGCUGGAGGCCAAAAUGUUAGAAGAAGAGUUUAUGGACGAUUACCAACACGGCGCGUUCUCGGACGGUAUGCAUGAGCUUUUGCACAUACCUGUGUUCUGUUUGAUCGUGUUUGGCCUCACAACAGUGUACUUCGUUGUCACGGGCGUGCAGUACUGGAGCACCAUCUUUAUGAUCAAGUCGCUGCACGCGUCCAAGUAUUUGGUCAACGCGCUUUUUGUUGUCGUAUCUGGGACAGGACCAAUCUUGGGCGUAUUUUUUGGUGGAUGGCUUAUUGACCGAUGUGGAGGAUAUAUUGGCGUGGAGCAGCGUGCGAGAGCACUGGGCAUUUGCAUGAUUUUGGGGCUGACAGCCUUCUGUAUAUCGGCGGUGGCGACGUUCUUCAACAACGUUUACGUUACCUCCGCUUUCUUGUGGCUGUUGCUUUUCUUCGGGGGUGCUAUCCUACCAGCUUGCACUGGCAUCUUCAUUUCGGUAGUGCCUGCUGAGCACCGUGCGCUCGCUUCCUCGUUUUCUGUUAUGAUCUUCAAUCUGUUUGGGUACUCGCUCUCGCCAUACCUCACGGGCCUGAUCAUGGAGUGGGUCAUUUCAAAACAGGGAUCGCCGAACAGUUACUUUGAGUACUGUGACGAAGCAUGCGCUUAUAGGAUUGGAUUCCGUUUCUGUUUGUGUUGGUCCGUGUGGUCGGUCCUCUGUAUCGGUUCCGCAUGGCAAAUUGCCUCUCGGCAGGCUGAAGAAGCUCGUCAAGUGCAGCAUUUUUACUCCACGCAGCGUCCAGCAGUUGCAGAAUGCUGA